UCAUCAGUUCAUCACUCUCUUGAGGCUCACACACUGCCAUUAGCGUGCUCUCCCUGUCAAGGUCUCCGAUCGAAACAUCAAUCGAGGUCAAGGGAGCGGCGGCUUGCCUUGCUUCUCCUCAGCAGCCAUGUCGUCGUCCAUGGUGGCGUCCAAGAACCCGCCGCCGGCUGGCGGUUACGGCGACGGUGAAGGCGGCAGCGUUGACGCCGCGGCCGCGGCGGCGCCGGUGACGAGCUUCCUGUACUUGCACCCCGGCGCGGGGGCGCUGGACAAGGACGCCGUGCUGCGCCGCAUCCGCCACCGGAGGCGCCACAACCGCCUCCGCGACACGCUGCGCUCCAUGCUGCAGGCGGCGCCGCCGCUGCCGCCGGAGCCGGAGAUCAUGGACGGCGCCGAGCGGCAGCUCCCGUGGCCGCUCGACGACGCCUUCUCCGCGCCGUAGCUGAGUACAGUUAGGCGCUCCUCUCUUGUGCAGAUUGAGCAAUGCCAUGAUCCAGCGUGCGCCUCGCCUCUUCUUGUGUAGAUCGAUCAAGAACAGAGCAGAUGGAGCCAUGGACGCAAAGAUUAUUCUGACGUCUUCUUUGUAUAAUUGCUUGCCUACUUGUGUAGUUUUGAAUCAUGAUCGAGUAAUCAAAUAAUGUUUGGAUCAAAUGUUUAAUUAGUUUUUAUCUUCAAAUUGCAAAAAAAAAAACUUCAAUCUGUGGGUGUGGAUACAAUGAUUGGAGUACAUCAUAUACCAUUAGAGACAAGCUUCUUGGAUUCA